AGCUUACAAAUGAACUACCUCACUUCGGAACGAUAUCACGUAAUAUACCCGUUUUAAACUAUACAUAUCCAGUUUUGGGAAAAAUUAUCAACCCGGAGGUUUUUGGAACCAUAAAAAAUUCGCACCUCCGAAACCUUACACCCAAAAAUUGAUUUGGUGGGGUUAUUAUUGGCUCUUUACCGUAAGUAUAAAUAGUUACGAAUUUUCCAAUAUUAGUGUGAAAUAUUUCAAUUUUUGAUCUCUGAAUUGCUUUUGAUAAUCAGAAGUUGGUAUAGUAGAAUUUAUUGCAAAUAUGGCUGAAAUUAAGAAAAUUAAGGUUAAGAACCCCAUUGUUGAAAUGGAUGGGGAUGAACAAACUAGAAUUAUUUGGCAAUUCAUUAAGGAUAAAUUAAUUUUACCAUAUUUGGAUAUUGAUUUGAAAUAUUAUGAUUUAGGUAUUGAAUACAGAGAUCAAACUGAUGAUAAAGUUACCACCGAUGCUGCAAAUGCCGUUUUAAAAUAUCAAGUCGGUGUUAAAUGUGCUACUAUUACCCCAGAUGAAGCCAGAGUCAAGGAAUUUAACUUGAAAAAAAUGUGGUUAUCUCCAAAUGGUACUAUCAGAAAUAUUUUAGGUGGUACUGUUUUCAGAGAACCAAUUGUUAUUGAAAACAUUCCAAGAAUUGUUCCAACUUGGAACAAACCUAUUAUUAUUGGUAGACAUGCUUUUGGUGAUCAAUAUAAGGCUACUGAUAUUAUUGUUCCAGGAGCUGGAGAAUUAUCAUUAGUAUUUAAGCCUGCUGAUGGUUCAGAACCUCAAACUUAUAAAGUUUAUGAUUUUGAAAAUGCUGGGGUUGCUUUAUCUAUGUAUAAUACUGAUGAAUCAAUUCUUGCAUUUGCUGAAAGUUCAUUCACAUUAGCCUUAGAACGUAAAUUGAAUUUAUUUUCUUCUACCAAAAAUACUAUUUUAAAGAAAUAUGAUGGUAGAUUCAAAGAUAUCUUUGAAGAUUUAUAUGCUACUAAGUAUAAGACAUUAUUUGAUGAAGCUGGAAUUUGGUAUGAACAUAGAUUAAUUGAUGAUAUGGUUGCUCAAAUGUUAAAGUCUACUGGUGGUUAUAUCAUUGCUAUGAAGAAUUAUGAUGGUGAUGUUCAAUCAGAUAUUGUUGCUCAAGGUUUUGGAUCUUUAGGUUUAAUGACAUCAGUUUUAGUUACUCCUGAUGGAAAGGCUUUUGAAGCUGAAGCUGCUCAUGGUACCGUUACAAGACAUUACAGACAACAUCAACAAGGUAAAGAAACUUCAACCAACUCCAUUGCUUCUAUUUUUGCUUGGACUAGAGGUAUAAUUCAAAGAGGUAAAUUAGAUGAAACACCAGAAGUUGCUAAAUUUGCUGAAGAAUUAGAAAGAGCUACCAUUGAAACUGUUUCAAAAGAUCUUAUUAUGACUAAAGAUUUAGCCUUGACUCAAGGUAAAACCGACAGAUCUUCUUAUGUUACCACUGAAGAAUUUAUUGACGGAGUUGCUAAAAGAUUAAACAAGAACUUAGGUUAUUAGAUUAAUCCGUGAAGUGAGUGUUCUAACAAUAUAAAGUGUCAAUAUUUAUUUAACUACAUAUAAAAAAAACUUUUAUGUAUGAAA